CCCAAACACGUCACCUUGUGAGUUAUUGCUCAAUAAAUUUGACAGUCUCAAACUGUGGCCAGUUUGGCAUUAUUUGGCGAUAUUCAGCCCUCCUUGUCUUUAAAUGGGCAGCAGCAUUCUUGGUCCUCAGCUGGUAUAAUGUUGCAAUGUUGCAUGAAUUGGUAUACAGAAUUAGUUUGUCUCUAAACUGAAGGUAUAUUUCAAAUUAUCUCUCAAAACAAAUAUGCCCCUUAGUGUAGACCCAAAUUUACUCCUGUCUCACACAAACCUGCUGUGUAACUGUAACUUAAAUCAGAAAUGCUCUAAACUAAAACUAAAAGAUUUGGCUUUAAACACCUCCACAGAGACUUUUGUGUUAAAUGAACUUAAGGUAAUAUACUUCUUCUGUUCUUUGAGUCCCUCCUUUCCAAAUCUUUCACAUUUCCAAUUUUAUUUGAGCCAUGACAAGUUCAGAGUAUUGGCUGCAGUCUUUACUACUUGAUGACCACAAUGAAUCUAUUCUGCUUAAUGAAACUACAGUCCAAGACACAAAGUUCACUUUAAUUUUUCACUGUGCUGGUAAGUUUGUCACAUACAUAUGUGCAGUGAGACCCAUCUUUGGCUGUGCACUAUAUUACAUACAUUAGGGCUCCAUCCUGCACUGUGCUCGGUGCGCUGGUCCUUUCAAUAAAUCACUUUCACACUUUAAGAGAAGUGUGAAGUGUUUGCCUCUGGGUUACAGUACAUUAUGAAGAGAAUUUCCUCAUUAUGGAUCCCUAUCCUGAAAAGAGUGUUUCCUCCCCCACACUUCAUAACAUGGUCAAAUCAAAACUCAUACAACUUUUUACCUCCUGUCAUUUGAGCUAAAGAGCGGUUUUAAAGGUUAAAAUGGGCAUUUUUUUUCCUCCAUGUUCCACAUACUAGAGGGGGAAAACAAACAACUGAAAUGACAGUAUUUUGCUUAAACUUAAAGAAACCCCCACCUUAAUCUUUGGACUGAGUGAAAGCCUACAAAAUUUCAUCCCAAAAGGUGAAAUAACGAUCUUACACUGGAAGUGUUUAUGCAACUUUAACUCUAACAAUUGCUGCUACUCCCAGUUUUGAACCACAUCCUUAGCUGGUGUAAAUCAGCAUAGUUCCACAAUGGAGCUAUGUCAAUUUUACAUCAGCCAAGGAUUUGUAUGGAAAAACAUUGUAACAUUGCCGCAGAAUGCUGCACUUUUAUUCACGUUCAGGGCUGACCAAGAAGAAUUCAUAUCACAGCUGCAGUUAGUACAGCCCAUCAGCAAGUUUUUAUUACAUACGCUUCUGCCAUCUGUGUGAGUAGUCUUACCUGCCAGCUUCCAAAAGGAAAGUGCAUUCUUUAGUGAAGCUUUCAGCAGCAGCUGCUAUAUCUAUAAGUGUGCUGGCUUUCAAUUGCUGCAAUAAAACAAUAAAGACAAACACUUCCCUUGGCCCGUGGAGGAAUUGCAGACCCAAGGUAAGGCAAGAGCUUUGUAAUGAAAAUAUUGAUAAGCAGUAAUUGCUUUGCACUGGUGUGUGAAGAAACAAAUGUAAUUGCAAUUACGGUGACUCCAAUUUUUAAGUGAAGUCUGUUUCUUCAUACAUUUUCCUUGCUGCCAUUGAUACUAAUGGCACAAACUUGUGCAUAACAAUUUUCCCCUUAUCUCAAAAGCAAGAGAGGACAUGGUUAAGUCCUAUUUUCUGAAACAAGUAUAAAAGUAUGCCCCAAGAAAGGAAGCAAGGAAAAAUUUGGAAUGAUUGGGAGUCAACACUUAUACUUUUCCUUUCAACCAACCUUAUUUCCCUGUGCAGAUACCAGAAUGGACCAGAACUGCAAUGAACCAGUUGAGAAUGGAGUUUGCAAAUUAAAGAGACUCCUGAGGGGCAGUGUGACCCAAAAGGUUGUGAUGCUGAAAGCAUCCUGCCCUAUCUGUGUGUUAAUAGGCAUUCGGCUGACAGCCUGCUGAUAGGCACUUUGCUUCUUACAUUUUGGUGUCGUUUCACCUGGCAUUGGUGUAGAAGCAGGGGAGUCAGAGCUUUACAACAGCAGCUUUUCAACAGAUACAGCAGCCUCUGCUGGUUCUCAGAGUGGCAGGUUUGAGCAUCAUCAAAGGAUCUCCCAAGAACUGGCUACCUUUCUUCUACAUUAAAUAUCAGCACCGCAACAUCUUCAAACUAUUGAUCAGAUCCAAUUGUUGCCGAGGGAUGGAUUUUAAAACAAAUCCUACAGAGAGCUUGAAUGGCUGCACUGCUAACAUCACCAAGGCUGUGCAAAACUUUUCCCUGCCUGGUGAGCCCAGCACUGUAAGCUAUGCUGACUUCAUCAUGCCUACCCUGUUUGGCAUCAUCGGUAACAGCCUGGUGAUCUGCACAGUCUUUAAGAAAUCCAGCCCCAGAAGCAGUGUCCUAGAUAUCUUCAUCAUCAGCCUCUCCAUGGUGGAUCUGCUCUUCCUCCCGGGCAUGCCCUUCCUCAUUCAUCAGCUGCUGGGCAACAGAGCCUGGUACUUUGGGGAAACCACGUGCACCAUUAUCACUGCUCUGAAUGCCAACAGCCAAUUCACUAGCACCUACAUCCUCACUGCCAUGUGCAUUGACCGCUACCUGGCCAGCAUGUACUCUUUCACCUCCACUCACUUCAGGAAGCCACGUGUGGCCAUCCUAGUGAUCUGCAUGUUCUGGGCCCUCUCCUUCCUCAGCAUCACCCCAGUGUGGAUGUAUGCCCGGCUCAUCCCUCUGCCUGGGGGGCUGCUGGGCUAUGGGAUUCAGCUGCCAGACCCGCAGAAUAACAUCUACUGGUAUACUCUCUAUCAGUUCUUCCUCAUCUUCACCAUCCCCUUUACCCUCAUCACUGUGGCCUACAGGAGGAUCCUGCUCAGGAUGGCCAGGUUCUCAGAGGCACUCACUGGCCAGAGGUGCACCAGGACCUGCACCAAAAAAGUAACCGUGGCCAUUGCCAUCUGCCUGGCCUUCUUCAUCUGCUGGGCGCCUUACCAUGUGCUACAGCUGGUGCAGCUAGCCAUGCGCCACCCCACCCUGCCCUUCUACUAUGCCUACAAUGUGGCCAUCAGCCUGGGCUAUGCCAAUAGCUGCCUCAACCCCUUCAUCUACAUCCUGCUAGGGCAAACCUUCCACAGGAGGCUGGUGGUUUCCAUCAGGCCGACUGUUGCAGGGGAAGAGGCUUCCCAGAAUGGGGGCAACAGCGCACAGGGGGACCCAAGUGAGUCAGGACAGCCACUGCUGCACCUGGUGUCUGUCUCUGGCAGGUAAAGAGAUCGGCAGCAGGUGGGAGAUUCCCACACAGCCCAGAAAAGCCCUGGUGGUCUCAUGUAUUAACUAGAGACAUUCCCCCACAAAUGCACACACAGCUGUUUGGCUGAGUACCAAUGGCUGUCUUGUGGUGGGAGUGGUUCCUCUGCCCAACUGAUCUCUUGUGGCUGGAAACAGAUUUCUGCAGCGUCAACAUUUGGGCUGGGUUCUGUCUGACACUGAGCCAGUUCAUGUUUGUCCUCUAAAUUCUUCCUGGCUAGAAGUGAAUUACUUUCCCCCCUGGCAUGUGAAAGACUUUUGCACUCUUCAUAUAUUCUCACUGGAAGGGCCCAGGCACCAAACAUUUUAGUGUUGGUGUUAAAUUCCAUACAAGCAAUGAGUCAUAGCUUGGCUGAGAGGCACUGCCAUUGGAUCACACCUGGCGUGAGUUUCAACUUAUUUUCUUGCUUUAAGUGUGUGAAGAAUGAUGACUUAAGACCAGCUCUGAUCCUUCUCUCCCUGGGGACAGAUCAGGAAUCCCAUACAUUUUAAAGCAAUUCAACAAUAGCAUUUUCACUUCUCUAUUUACAUCGUUCCAUCUGCAUGUGAUCAUUAACCAUAGCCAAUAUUGUACUCAUUUUCUAGUGAUCAAAGCCAGCUUUCUGCCAGCAACAUCAGCUGUCCCAGAGCCAGAAGAAUAAUUUCAAAUGCAUUUAAAAAUAAAUCAUGGAUUGAAAAUAGCCAAAGAAUAACUGUUCUGAACUGUAUUAUUAUAGUACACCCACCAACAUGACUUGAAUGAUUAGCUGCAACCAGGUCAUCAAACCAUUUCACAGUGGAAAAUAAUGACUGGAUUCUUUGCACAUCAUUAGACAGAAGUGUUUGCUGACACUGGCAGCACAUCAUGUCUACAUUCCUAUCACCAUAAAAUUUCUCCAGCAGCAGGUAGCAAUCCUUUGAUGAACAGGUUUCCGAAGCAUUAGGCCAAGGACUUUUAAACAUUAUUUUGAGUGACUGUUUUUGGGUGCCCAAUGUGAGACACCUUUUUUAGAGGUUUCUGAAAAUUGGGUUCCUUUAAG